AUGACAGUUGUAAUUAGUAAAGAUAGAUUAAAAAAACUAUCAAAUUUGGCAAUGUUGUCCAUACCUGAAGAUAAAGUUGAACAAUAUUGUGAUGAUUUAGGUGGAUUUUUAAAUUCUGUUGAAUCAAUUCAAUCAGUAAAUACAGAGAAUGUUAGACCACUUCAUUCAAUUUUAGAGGAUACACAAUUAACAUUACACUUUGAACAAACAACAGUAAAUCAAGACCAUGAACAUAUUUUAGAUCAUUCAAAUAAUGUCCAAGGUGGCUUCUUUACUGUUCCAAAACAAAUUUCUUCACAUACAAAUUCCCAAAAAAGUAAUAAAAAUAAUUCAAUUGAUGAUGAAUUUUAA